UGUAGCUGGUAGCUCUCAGGCAGUCCCUGCUGAAGGUUCGAGUAUGAUUUCAUCCAUGGUUUCUGCAACUUGCCCACCCACAAAAGUAACUGAAGAAAGAGAGAAGAGAGUUAUGAAAACCAUGGUUGAAACACGAAAAACUGGGAGGAAGUUGGUUAGACCUCGACUUCUUAAAUCUGAAGAUGCCCAGCGUGAUGUUGAAAUGUCAGAGUUGGAUGGCAAGAAUGUGGGGAGGCCUAGCUUGGUAGCGCAGCCCUCUGUCUCUUUGUCCGGUGAACCUCUUGUUCGGAAAUACCCUGCUUCUCCAUCUCCUUCUGAGCUGGAAGAGCAAUCAUCUUUGCCUGGAGAUUCUAGUUCUGAUUUGCCUGCGCCUGCUCUUAAAAAGUCCAAGGGCUUAGAACCUGUUCAAGAGGAUGUUCAAGCAACCUCUGCUGCUCUUGAUAACGUUGAAGUUGUUCCAACAGUUGAAGAAUUACUUGAUGCAGCUGCUUUCUUGCCUCAAGACUCUAUCGAGGAAGCUUCUGAUUUUGGCAAGGAUGAUUUUGAACCAUUUCAAGGACUUGGAAAGGAGCCUGGAGAAUCUAAUCAUCCAGAUGAGGAAAAGUUAGCAGAUGCACAGAAUGAUUGUGGAAUCGUUGAUAAAGAGCAUGCUGAGAAGCCAAGUGAGGCUGAUCUAAUGUUAGAUGAAUCAUCAAAUUUGCAGGCUGACCAGGAUUUUAAUCAGCAGAUGGCUGAUGUUGCUGACAGAGAAGAAGGAGGAAUGCUCCCAGAAGGUUCUGACCUUGAUGGUGGAGAUGACACAGCUACUGUGGAAAUUCAAGAUGCAUCUGAAGUUCAGCCUGAUCAUUCAACUGCAGCUUCAAUCCCAUCUCCAGCUCCAAAUGAUGAUGAUCCUGUAGCUGCUGUCAAUGCAGAAGUCAAUGACACAAAUUCUCCUGAGAUUUCAAAUGCUAAUGAUCAGACUGAAGAAGGGGAACUAGCUGAAGAUGUUGCUGACGAUUCAAAUAUAUCUACUGAAGGCAACGAUCAAAUUGCUGGGGAUGCUGAACUUACCAGUGAAAUUAGUUUAGGUGUUGCUGAAGGUAAUCUGAGUUCUGUGGAAUCUUCUAUUUCCAGAGAAGAUAGUCCCAAUGUGAUGGCUAGUCAGGAAGCAACUCAGCCUUCACAUAUGAGAGCAAGCUCAACAAUUAUAAUGAUAUCUGAAAGAGCUAAGGAGCGGGCUGCAGCUAGGCUUGGACGUUCCCCUGCACCAGAUUCCACUCCUUCUCCUGCUGCAAGGAGAGGGCGAGUGCCAAUGAAACGAAGUCGAGGUGCCCGAGGUAGCCGUGGUGGGCGUAGGCCAAGUUCUGGUGAUCAGAGCUAAAACUAUAAGCUGGCUUAUUUCUUGCCACCCCAACUGUGCAAGUUUGAGUUGAUGCCAAUCAAAGAGUGCAAGAGAAGGAGAGCUGUAAAGGAGAUUCAUUUAGAUUGAAGGAAGAAAGAUGUACAAAGAUAUUCAAGCAAGAUCCAUGGCUUUUGAACAGAUUCGUGGAUUUACUUAUGUGUAGAUGUAGUGAGUAGGCAACAAGGACUUGUCGCAGCUUACAACUUACAAGAACAUCAAGCACCAUUUUUCUUAGUCUUUCUCUACUUUGCUCGACUUUUGUUUAGGGUUCUAAGAAUGCUUUUUGAAUGGCAAGUCAAACUUAGCACAAGGAGUUCAUAGAACUUGCAUUUGCACAUUUUGUUGCUCUGUAACAUAUCUAGCCAGUUGCAUGGUACUGAUUAUUUUUAAGAGAAAUGGGGAAGUGUAUAAUUUAUGGCUUUUUGCUUAGGUGAUUAAUUUCAGGGCACGAUAGACUAGAAUUGUGUAAGUAUCAAUAUAAUUUUGGUAGAUUUUCUGCUAUU